UAUCGAUAGACAGCUAGUAGUUUUGUUUGUAAAUACAAUUUAAAUUAAACAAGCUAAUAUUAGCCAUGGAACCGGUGGCCAUCCGGCCGAAGGCACCAGGAGCGGGCAACCGCGGAGCCCUGCGGCUGGCAGCGAAGAAGCCGCCCAAGAAGCGCAUGUACCACUGCGGCGUUUGCUUGGCGGGAUUCCCUGGUCAUCUGGCCACCAAGCGGCACGAGCAGCAGUGCGCGGCCAGGUUGAGGCGGCUGUUCGUCUGCCGCCACUGCCUGACGCUCUUCGGCGAGGAGGCGCGGCUGGAGCGGCACCGGGAGCGAAAGCACGUCGACGGUCAGUUCCUGUGCCUGCAGUGCGGCAAGCGGUACGCGUCCGCCACGUUCCUGUACCGCCAUGUGGUCACCUGGCACGGCGAGCAGUCGCUGUUCUACUGCGCCAUGUGCGCGGACAACUGCAACGAUGUGAAGACCUUUAGCGGGAUGCUGGAGCUUCAGCAGCAUGCCGAGGAGGUGCAUAGCCUGCGUUCCCUGGAGUCCACCGCCAGUGAUGCAGGCAGCCAGGUCGAUGAAACGGAGGACCUUGAGAUGCUGGAGGAGAACAUCGAGGACAUACUGCCCAGCAUCGACUGGGACGACGAUCUGACCUUUGGCUGGCCCAUGGACCUGAACAAGGAGUCGUGUAUUUUGGACACUAAGCCAAGCGUUUUUGUCUGUCCCUUCUGCGCCAACGGAUUCACCGGCAGUCUGAGCCUAGUGCGGCACCUGGAACAGGUUCACGAACGCAGUCCCCAGGAAUGCUGCUACUGUGGCAAGAGCCAUGGCAGCCGGGAAGCCCUGCGCUCCCACCUGCAACGUGUCCACGUUCUGUUGCGCGGUCAUGUGUGCGACAUUUGCCAGGCGGACUUCGCCACCGCCGAUCAUCUGAAGAAGCACGUGAACAGCCAGCACCUGGACCACCGACCGCAUUUGUGUCCCACCUGCGGCAAGAGAUUCGCUCAGCGGUGCCACCUCACCCAGCACAUGGCCACGGAUCGCGGCCAUGGGCAAGGCAACUACGUCUGCCAACUCUGCCUGUGGCCCUUCUUCCGGGCCAUCGAUCUCGAACGGCAUGUGUAUGAGAAGCAUCCGUGAGGCAGUCAUCCUAGCGGGCAUCCUAGCUAUCUUCGGUGUUGUAAGUUACAACAUUUCACGCCUAGAAUUACGCUUAAUAUAUUGGGUAUUUAUUCUUUAAAGUCCACAUCGGGGGUAUCGCAAAUGUUUUUCCGAGCGAACUUGAACUUGAAAAUCGUAUCUUAAUUUUUUUCUAUAUAAUAACUGCUUACAAGACGCCUUAAUUUACACCCUUAGAACUUACUGAUACUAUAAAUAAUUGAAAUUGUUUUAGUAGGUACCAAUGUUAUUUAAGACACAUCACUUUAUAGAGUGCAAGAUAUAUAUCGCUUUUUGUUUGAACCGAGUUUGUGCGAGGGUAUGCGAAAGUCGCGACGGCGCUCUCACAGCGUUAACAGUAGGUCUGAUCUCGUGCAGCCGCUGUUAGCUGUUAGCUGCCAGCUGAUCCGCUCCAGGCCCCCAGAGCAGCCCCAAGAUCGGGAG